CCAAGAUGGCUGCCGGCACCGAUGUGAUGCAGUUUCCACUUCAAACAAGUAGUUUAAAACAAGAAGGGAUAACGCGAGUGGUCCAAGGAGUAAAACAGGAUAAGAUGGAAGUGGUUGAGGAGAAGCAACAUGAAGGAAUCCAACAGUAUUAUAUCACAAAGAUYGAAGAACUUCAGCUUGUUGUUUCAGAAAAAGUUAAAAAUUUGAGGCGAUUAGAAGCCCAAAGAAAUGAACUUAAUGCAAAAGUUCGUAUGUUAAGGGAAGAACUUCAGUUGCUGCAAGAACAAGGUUCAUAUGUAGGKGAAGUAGUCAAACCAAUGGAUAAAAAGAAAGUUUUGGUCAAGGUACACCCAGAAGGCAAGUUUGUUGUUGAUAUUGACAAAGGAAUUGAUAUGGCAGAUGUUGCUCAAAACUGCAGAGUKGCACUACGCAAUGACAGCUACACACUUCAUAAAAUCCUCCCUAAUAAAGUUGAUCCUUUGGUGAGUUUGAUGAUGGUUGAAAAAGUUCCUGAUUCCACAUAUGAAAUGGUUGGAGGACUGGACAAACAAAUUAAAGAAAUCAAAGAG